AUGUCACUGUACACAUCACAUAUUUCAACUUCUUCGUUACAAAAAGGAUUACUUGCAUUCGGCUCGGCAAUAACAGCACUUUUAAAUCCGAUGAGAGCAGAUAUGGUAGCAACAAUGGGUGAAACAACAGCUUUUCGACCGAUACUGGAAAAAAUUCGUCAACGAAUGGAAGGCGAUAUAUGUGGUAGAAAAAUUUUGAGAGAUCGUCCAAGAAUAACGAGUGCAACUAUUGAUUUGAGUUAUCUUCGAACACUUCCUCAUGGAACACUUGGCAAAGAAUAUUCCAUAUUUCUCGAAAAGUUGAAUACUACUCCAGACGACCGUCCCACUGUUAAGUUUAUUGAUGAUGACGAUUUAGUUUACGUUAUGCAGAGGUAUCGUGAGACGCAUGAUUUCAAUCAUUUAAUUUUGCAAAUGAAAACGACUUUGCUUGAUGAGAUCGCUGUUAAAUGUUUCGAAGGCAUACAGCUUGGUUUACCGAUGUGUAUUCUUGGUGGUGUAUUUGGUGGUUUGAAAUUAGAGCCAAAGCGUCAACGUGCUUUUAUCCAGCAAUAUUUACCAUGGUGUGUGGAACAGGCGGUGAAUUCACGUUUACUAAUUGCUGUUGAUUGGGAGAAUCAUUUCGAGAAACCAAUUUCUGAAUUGCAAAAAACUUACUCAAUCACUCCUUUUAUUUGCUAA